AUGGAUCCGCUUGCGCCCAAUUCCCAACAUCAAUUUUUUACAAAUGUUCAGCCUUAUAAUUCAAUGAUGCCGAAUGUGAAGGGUGAGCAUACCAACGUUAAGGAAACGAAUACCGCAUUUAAACAUAUGCCAUCGAUAAAAACUGCGAAAGAAUCACAAUGUAGUUGGCAGAAGGUUUUGACCGUUAUAUGUAUCAUCCAUGCCAUCAUCCUUGUGGUCGCUGUGAUCGUCAUUCCAAUCUAUAUCAGUCGUCUGAUUAUAUCAGAAAUCACGACAACAACUGCUGCUACAACAACUGUAUACUUACCCAAUCAAUGCUCUAACUACACACUCGAUACAGAUGCCACCCGCCUUUCAACGUACACUAUUGGUUCGUCAGGUUGUGAUGUUACUACUUAUGCUACACCACUAAAAUAUUGUUCAAAAAUAUACAUAUGCUCAACCGUCUUCUUAGGAGUAACGGUAUUUUAA